AUGCAGCGGUGUUCCCCGUCGGAGCCCCUCCGCUUCCUCUUCUGGCUCGGCUGCCUAACCUUCAUCCAGGCGCUCAUGGUGAGCGGCUACCUGAGCAGCGUCCUCACCACGGUGGAGAGGCGCUUCAGCCUGCGCAGCUCCGAGUCCGGUCUCCUCGUCAGCUGCUUCGACCUGGGCAGCCUCGCCGUGGUGGUCUUCGUGAGCUACCGCGGCGGCAGAGGCAGGAGGCCGCGUUGGCUCGGCGCCGGCGGGCUGCUGGUGGCCCUGGGGGCCCUGGUGUUCGCCCUGCCACACUUCGUGACUCCGCGCCACCACGGGGCCGGGCGGCCACGCGCCUCCACCCUCACCGCGGGGCCGCUUAGGCCGGCCGAGUCUGGACCGACAACGGCUGUGCUGGAUGGGCCCGACUGCGAGGAGGAUGAGGCAGGGGCCGAGGAAGAAGACGGAGGCAGUCAGCAGAGGGGAUUGCCGCUGGCCCUGUUCGUGGUGGCACAGCUGCUGGUCGGUAUUGGCUCCACGCCGAUCUACACACUGGGCGCCACCUAUCUGGACGACAACGUGGAGCCCAGCAGCUCGGCCUUGUACCUGGCCACCCUGUACGUGGCGGGCGCGCUGGGUCCAGCCGCCGGCUACCUGCUGGGAGGACUGCUCCUCGGCACGUACACCCACCCGGGGGAGUCGUCUCCUGUGCCGCCGGGGGACCCGACGUUCAUCGGAAACUGGUGGGGCGGCUUCGUCCUGUGCGCCGUGGCUCUCCUCGGAGUGGCGUUGCCUCUCUUCACCUUCCCCAAGAAGAUGCUAGGACGACGGAAGCCGUCCGUCCACGUGACCGCCGCUGUCACGGAGCAGAAGGACGCUGCUGCUGCUGCUGCUUCUGCUGCUGCUGCUGCGGUGGUCGAAGAAGAAGAAUCCUCGCUUCAGCCGAGGGGGGACAAAAGUGUCCCCGUCACAACGGCCAUCACCUUCGGCAGGGAUAUCAGAGAGCUGCCCCGAGCCGCGUGGAGGAUCCUGCGACGGCCCACGUUCCUGCUCGUCAGCCUGGCCUACACGGCCGAGUGCGCCAUCGUCACCGCCUUCGUCACCUUCACCCCCAAGUUCUUGGAGGCGCAGUUCGGCGUGCCGGCCUCGCGCGCCAGCGUGUACACAGGCGCAGUGAUCGUGCCGGGCGCCGGCGCGGGGCUGCUGCUGGGCGGCUUCGCCAUCAAGCGGCUGGGGCUGGGGGUGCGCGGAGCGGCGCGGCUCGCCGUGGCGUGCAGCGCGCUCUCCCUCCUCUCCUUCCUCCUCCUCUUCUCCUCCUCCUCCUCCUCCUCGUCGUCGUCCGUCGCCUGCGACGAGGAGGACGCGACCGCCGGAGUUGUCGACGCUCGGGGCUACCCCAGCAGCUCGUGGAGGCGGUGCGGCGCGGCGCGCGGCGAGUGCGAGCCGCACGAGUACGCGCCCGUGUGCGGCUCCGACGGGGUCACCUACCUCAGCCCCUGCCUGGCUGGGUGCACUGCAGACAUCACCCGCGGCGGUGGUGGUGGCGGCUCGGCAGAGGAGCUGGAUUUCACUUCUUGCCUGUGCGUGACGGCGGUUCGCCGCGACGACACCUCGUCCGAAGAGGCGCGAGCCGGGAGGAGGGGGCGACCGACGGAGGAGGACCGCACGAGCUCCGACGAUGAAGGCGACGAUGCCGAGCCCGCUGGUUACGUCACACCGGGCAGAUGCCCCGGCAAAUGCCGGACCCUGGCACCGUUCUUGGCGUUCCUCUUCUUCGUCACCCUCGUCACGGCCGGCGCCCAACCGGCCGUCGUCGUCGUCACGCUCAGGUCGGUCGAUGAACCAGAGAGACCCUUUGCCCUCGGCAUGCAGUUCGUUCUCCUACGGGCGCUGGCCUACAUCCCGAUGCCCGUCUACUUUGGCGCCGUGAUCGACACGACGUGCGUACUCUGGGGUGGCCGCGACGGCGGAGGAGGCGGCGGAGGAGGAGGAGGGGGCGGGCGGCUCGCCGGCUCGUGCUGGCGGUACGACACCGGGUCGCUGGCGCGCGCCGUCUUCAGCCUGGCGGCAGCCCUCAAGCUCCUGGGAUUCGUCUUCAUCGCGCUCGCCUGCUACUCGGCGAGGGGGGCCGGGAAAAUUCCCGCGGAGGGCAAGGGCCGACGGCGGCGCCGUGACGCCGCUGCGAGCGAACGCGUCGGCCCAGCGUAGUGUGAACAACGACAACGACGACAACAACGACGACAACAAAAAACUGCGCGUCGAAAUCGAGGCUCCGCGAGUUUGCGUGGGCCGAAAAAUCGCCGGGCGGAUGGCAACAAAGGGCGCUGUUGGAGUUGGGAGUUGACACGUUUCGCGAAUUCGAGCGAGAUUGUUGUGAGAAUUUGGGCAGGGGGGGGGUCGACGGUUGAAGUGAUUUCGUAAAAUUUAGCGGUGCGGGACGAGAAGUGUGCAGAGAAUGGCUGCAGUGUGGUGAGUGAGUGCAUGGGUGGGUUGGUGGGUGAGAGUGUUGUGACAUUGCAGUGUGGUGAGUGAGUACGUGGGUCAGUGGGUUGGUGGGUGGCUCUUGUGAGUGAGUGAGAGUGUUUUUGUGACCUUCGCUGUGGUGAGUGAGUGGGUUGAUGGUUGAGUGGGUUGGUGGGUUGGUGAGUGAGAGUGUUGUUGUGACCUGCAGUGUGGUGAGUGAGUGGGUGAGUGGGUUGGUGGGUGAGAGUGUUGUGACCUGCGCUGUAAUGAGUGAGUGAGUGGGUGAGUGGGUUGGUGAGUGAGAGUGCGGUUCUGACCUGUGGUGGUUGAACGCAGUGUGGAUCAAGGCCGUAAUUAUAAUAUAUAUUGGGACACACACAUCCCCCACAAUAUUUAAAUAUGCUCAAAAUGUCCCCCACACUAUAUUGCUAUAAAAAAAUAAUUGCUAUGCUAUGUAAAUAAAAACAACAAUUUGCUAAACCUUG